AUGCCGUUCAAAAAGCUCAACUCCGACAAUCCGAGCCGUUUCAGCAUUGGUGAUGAUCUGGCUCGGACCACGACAGAGGUCAACAAUGAUGGGCGAGCGACGGUGCAAUUUCACCGGAACCCAUCGGACCUCGCGGCAUGGUUCAAAAGAGUUCACGACAAUACUAUCUCGCAGCCAGAGAGGAAAGUAUUUGCGGCGAGGAAAGGUAGCGACGCAUUUCUUAAUGAUAAGGACUCCAUAUCUGCAGGUCCUAGACUCAACAUCGCCAUCCACAUCGUCGGCUCCCGCGGCGAUGUACAGCCCUUCAUUCCAAUCGCACUACUUCUCACCAAGCCUCCUUACAGGCACCGCGUGAGGAUAUGUACGCAUCCCGUGUUUAAAGACUUUGUGGAGGGAAAAGGCCUAGAAUUUUUCAGCAUUGGAGGUGAUCCCGAGGCGCUGAUGGCUUACAUGGUCAAGAACCCUGGGCUAUUCCCGAGUCGCGAGAGUGUCAAAGCAGGAGACAUUGGCAAGCGACGAAAAGAGAUGGCUUCCAUCAUGGAUGGAGCCUGGCGUAGUUGCAUUGAGGCAGGCGAUGGGAUGGGCGACAGGGUUGUUGCCGCUGACGUUCAAUCUACCAAAGAUCUAUUCAUCGCGGACGCCAUCAUCGCCAACCCUCCUUCAAUGGCACACAUUCAUUGCGCAGAGAAACUUGGUGUGCCUUUGCAUAUGGUCUUCACCAUGCCUUGGUCGCCGACUCACACAUUUCAUCACCCACUCGCCGCAAUGCAGUACGGUCAGGCAGAGACUAGUACUGCUAACUACCUCUCGUUCAUCAUGAUGGAGCUCUUAACCUGGCAAGGUCUCGGCGACGUGAUCAACAAGUUCCGGACUCGUACUCUGAAACUUGAUCCGAUCAGUCCCUUAUGGGGACAUCAACUUCUGUCAAGACUUCGAUUGCCUUUCACUUACCUCUGGUCUGAAUCGCUAAUUCCCAAACCAUCUGAUUGGGGUCCAAAUAUUCACAUUGCCGGCUUUUCCUUCUUGUCUCAAGCACUUUCAUAUACACCGCCUUCGGACUUGGAAAGUUUUCUCAAUGCAGGCCCGCCUCCUAUCUAUAUCGGUUUCGGGUCAAUUGUAGUUGAAGACUCGCAAGCCUUGACGAAGCUCAUAUUCGACGCAGUUGAACUAGCUCAGGUCCGCGCGAUUGUGUCCAAGGGUUGGGGAGGUAUUGGUGCAGGCGUGGUACCCGACAACAUAUACCUAAUAGGUGAUUGUCCUCAUGAUUGGCUCUUCCAGAAAGUGUCAUGCGUUGUCCAUCAUGGUGGCGCCGGUACCACCGCUGCUGGACUUGCUGCCGGUUGUUCUACUGUUGUGGUGCCAUUCUUUGGUGAUCAACCUUUCUGGGGCCAGAUGAUUGCUCGGGCUGGCGCUGGCCCAGAGCCUGUUUCUUUCAAAAAGAUGACUGCACAGAGUUUAGCGAAUAGUAUCAGGUUUGCAGUUAAACCAGAGGUUCAGGCUGCCGCAAAGAAGGUCGCGCUGCAAAUCGCGGAGGAAGAUGGAGCUGGUAACGCUGCCAAAGAGAUACUUUCGGAUUUGGACUCUGCUGACCUGAAAUGUGACAUUUGCCCCAACCGACUGGCUGUAUACACACACAAAAAGACAGGCGCGCAUAUUAGUAGUUUCGCCGCAUACUGUCUGGCGAAUGCCGGCGUCAUCAAGGUGCAAGACCUCCGUUUGCUCCGUCAUAAGCACUGGUAUGUUGACGAGGGCGCAGAAAGCGUGGGAAUCGGCAUCGUCGCAGCUGUCAGUAGUUUCUUCGUGGAUAUUGCAAUGGCAACCCAGGACUACAAAGGACGACUGCAGGCUGAGCGGACGUCGAAUUCACGUCGCAAGUCUACGAGUCUUCCAAGCUCAAGUGAAUCUCAUGACGGGUCGCCUCUGGAAAAUACCGGAUCCCGAGCUGGAUGUUUUCCUGCUAGCCAUUUGACACCCAAACAACUAGAGAAAGUCUCCAAGUUACUGGCUACGCAGCCGACUGGAGACACUGAGACACUUUUCAGCAAUGAAGUUCUGGCUGACAGCGGUCAAUGUCCUCGUGCUGAGCCGACGUGGUUGAUACGUCUACGUGAAAAAGACGACAAGUCCCAAAUGCAUCUCGCGUUUGAGGCCUCUGGGCAAUAUGUCUCCGACCUGGCGCGGGCAGGACUUAAAGCACCUAUCACGCUCCUAUACAACACCGCCAACGGUUUUCGCAACUCUCCUUCCUACAUCUCCGCCGAUGAAGAUGUACGUAGACGCGAUGAGAUCAAGGGCCUCAAGAGCGGCUUCAAGACGGCUGGCAAAGAGUCCGUGCUGGGUUUCUACGACGCAUUCAGUGGACUUAUCCUUCGUCCUUACAAAGGCGCAAAGAAGAGAGGCAUCCUUGGUUUUGGAAAAGGCGUCGGCCUAUCCAUAGUUGGUCUAGUCUCGGGAAUAGGGACAGGUAUAUUUAGUCUGCCCGGAUACUCGCUGAAAGGUAUCGAGAAGGCACUACACAAACGCAGAUUGACGGACCUCAAGGCAGAAAUGCUGUUGAUUAGAAUUAGACAGGGCAUCGAAGAAUGUCGGCUCGCCACAGGGGAGGAACGGCACAUGGUCACAGCACGGUGGAAAUCGUUGUAUCCUACAUAA